AUUUCGUUCACUAGGAACCAUGAUAAUUCGUUCUAAGGCACUAGGUGGGUGUUUUCACAGACUACGACUACAUCAUGAGUUGACUACCAAGCAAUGACAGCGCGACGCACCAUCAGCACUGCGAGAUCCAGUGACUACGCAAGAUUCAUCAUCCGUCUUGACCCGCCAAGAGAUCUUCGACGAUGGAACAACCUCGCAAGUGACUUGCAUAUCUUCGUCCUCUUCGGUGGUCUUGGCUCGAAUCCGAUGAGGGGGAAUCACCUUCGGAAACUUGAACGCGGAGAAGCCCAGGACGAUCGGUCACUUGGCGACGCACUAAGGGGCGAGGUGAUAGAAGUACUUAUCUGCCCGGGGACAAGAACAAAUCGCCAGUCGAGACAGGACUUGUGCCUUCGGGAUCAAACGCAAGAUAAUUUUCUUGUCUUUUGGUAGCGAAGUCGGUGAUGAUGCGACAAGCAUCCAUGACGAGACUGCAAGCGAGACCGCAGAUGAUGA